AUGCGGGCCAGCCAAAAUAAUCAAAGCGUGGCGGCUGUCCACUCUCCACCCACAGAGAUGGUCCCCAAGGCUAAGGCUUCCCAAGGAAAACACUUUCUCUCCGGCUUGGCGUCAGGUAUAGGAUCUGCGGUGCUUUUGCAGCCCUUAGAUCUACUGAAAACCCGAGUCCAGCAGCCCAACAGACCAUCCAUCAUCACCAGCUUGAGAGGGGCAGUGAGGUCUCACCCCGGCCAGCUCAACAUCUUGGCCCUAUGGAGAGGUACGGCACCCUCAGCUCUACGCACGGGGUUCGGGUCCGCUCUUUAUUUCAUGCUCCUCAACUCUCUUCGCCAGAAUGCAUUACGGUUCUCCGUUUUCCGUGAUCACACCACCAGCGCUUUCCAUUCAUCUCAGCUGCCGACUCUCUCACAUACCGCCAAUCUGUUUACUGGCGCGACAGCCAGGAUAUUAGCUGGAUUGGUUCUCAUGCCUUUGACCGUAAUAAAAGUCCGUUUCGAGUCUAAUAUGUACUCGUAUCGUACUAUCCGAGGAGCCGCCCAGGACAUCUAUAGGGCCGGUGGCAUUCGCGGAUUUUUCUCCGGGUUCGGCCCAACCGCGAUUAGGGAUGGGCCUUAUGCGGGCAUGUACGUGCUGCUCUACGAAGGGCUGAAAAAGAGGUUGAGCCAGGCAUCAACGGCCCAGCAAGCAGCUCUUGGCUCGAAAGCACUUGAUCCAGGGAAGAGUAGCACUGCCAUUAACUUCACAUCCGCCAUUGUAGCGGGCGGCACCUGCUCGUUAAUAUCCAACCCCUUUGAUGCCAUCAAAACUAGGAUUCAGUUGGAGCCAGACCGCUAUACCAAUAUGAUGCAGGCGUGCAGGAAGAUGGUGGCGGCAGAGGGCCUGCGAUCUCUCUUUGACGGUCUUGCGCUUCGAAUGGCGAGAAAAGCAAUGAGUUCUGCUCUAGCAUGGACGGUGUACGAGGAGUUAAUUCGCAUCCGCUGGAGAAGGGAGUGA